CCGGGGACACCGGGACCGGCCACACCGGGACGAGGGGCACCGGGACCGGACCGAGAGCAGGGCCGGGAGCGGGCCGGGGCACGCCGGGAGCACCGGGGCACACCGGAGGGGACGAUGGGGGCCCCCCACGCCCGCCGCCUCCUGGCCCUGCUGGGCCCCGAGCGCCGGCGCUGCGCGGUGGUGGCGGCGCUGAUGGCGGCCUCGGUCCUCGGAGAGAUGGCCGUCCCUUACUUCACGGGGCGCGUCACCGACUGGGUGGCCAGCGAGGACGAGGUGGCGGCCGCCUGGCCUAUGGCACUGCUGGGGCUCAGCAGCGCCAUCACCGAAUUCACCUGCGAUGUCACCUACGCGGGGAUGCUGAGCCGGGUGCUGGGACAACUCCAACGUCGUGUCUUUGCCGCUGUCCUGCGACGGGAUGUCGCCUCCCUGCGAGUGACAGGGACCGGAGCGGUGACAGCGCGGGUGACAGGGGAUGUGGAAGCCACUCACGCGGCGGUGUCUGAGGCGCUCAGCAUCCUGCUGUGGUAUCUGGCGCGGGGCGUUUGUCUCCUGGUCACCAUGGCGUGGUUGUCACCCCACCUGGCCUUUGUCACACUCCUGUCACUGCCCAUCCUCCUGCUGCUGCCCCGAUGCAUUGGCAAGAUCCAGCAGGGGCUGUCACAGCGGGUGCAGGAGGCGCUGGCGGGUGCCACCAAGGUGGCGGUGGAGACCUUCCAGGCCAUGGCGACCGUCCGCAGCUUCGCCCACGAGGCCAGGGCGGCCGAGCGGUACCACCAGCACCUGCGCCACGUCUACGGGCUGGAGUGGAAGGAGGCGGCCACCUACGCCACCACGCUCUGGGCCAGCGGGUUCUCAGCGCUGGCCCUGAAGUUGGGACUCCUCUGCUAUGGGGGACAGCUGGUGGCCGCGGGGACCAUCACCACCGGGGACCUUGUCACCUUCCUCAUCUACCAGAUGCAGUUCACCGAGGCCGUGAGGGUCCUGCUCCUCUACUACCCCAACAUGACCAAAGCCGUGGGCUCCUCAGAGAAGAUCUUUGAAUUCCUGGACCAAGAGAAGCAGGUGGCACCUACGGGGACGCUGGCACCCGAUGUCCUACGGGGCCACCUCAAGCUUGAGGACGUCUGGUUCUCCUAUCCCGGUCACCAAGAGCCCGUGCUCAAGGGCGUGUCCCUUGAGCUGCACCCCGGGGAGGUGCUGGCGGUGGUGGCCCCUCCAGGGGCAGGGAAGAGCACCCUGGUAUCCCUGGUCCUGAACCUGCACCCGCCGGAGGCCGGGCGGGUGCUGCUGGACGGUCACCCCCUCCCUGCCUACCAGCACCCCUACCUGCGCUGCCAGGUGGCCGCCGUCCCGCAGGAGCCGGUGCUCUUCUCCCGCUCGCUCCACGCCAACAUCGCCUACGGGCCGGGGAGCUGGAGCCGGGCGCAGGUGACGGUGGCAGCCCGCCGGGCGGGUGCCCACGCCUUCAUCACCCGCCUGCCCCGGGGCUAUGACACAGAGGUGGGCGAGCUGGGGGGGCAGCUCUCCGGGGGACAGCGGCAAGGGGUGGCCAUCGCUCGGGCCCUGGUGAGGAACCCCCGUGUCCUCAUCCUCGAUGAACCCACCAGUGCCCUGGACACCGAGAGCCAGCUGCAGGUGGAGCAGGAGAUCUUCGGAGCCAGCGGGGCCGGGCGCGCGGUGCUGCUGGUGACGGGGCAGGUGGCCCUGGCCAUGCGGGCGCAGCGGGUGGCCGUGCUGGAGGGGGGACGACUGCACGAGCUGGAGUCCCCCAAGGAGCUCCUGUGCCCCGGCAGCCGUUACUGGCACCUGCUGCAGGGCGGGGGACAGGGGGGGACAGCGGGGGAUGGGGACAUGGGGGAGGAGGGUGGGGAAGAGCUGGGGACGGGGACAGCAAGGGAUGGGGAUACCAGGAGCCAGGGUGGGGGUACCAGGGACAGGUGUGCGGAGACCAGGAGCUGGGAUGGGGACAAUGAGAGCUGGGAUGGGGACAACGAGAGCUGUGAUGGGGACACUAGCAACCAGGAUGGGGACACUACAAACCAGGAUGGGGAGGCCAAGAGCUGGGAUGGGGACAACAAGAGCUGCGAUGGGGACACUGAAAGCUGUGACAAGGGACCGGGAGAGCUGUGA